CAUUGUUCUGAAACGAAUUUUAAUUGAUUUUGAUUAGCUGCUCAUCCCGCAGAACGAAAUUUGUGAUCGUUACCGAUGCAGGGGACGAAAAAGCUUCUUUUGCAAACAUAAUUAAUCGAUUAAAGCAUCAAUACGGGUGUUGGUAGUAUCGCUAAAGUGGUGAUAACAAUGUCGUCAAAGAUUUUCUGUGACAAAACGCUGCUGAAACGAACGUGCUAGUGAUAAUGGGGCACUCCAGAGACAGGCGGUGAAUGUUGCUACUACAUCCGAUACGCUUGGUGGGAAGUGGCGAUGUGAUAUCAGUUGACCAGCGUGGUGUGGUGUUAAAUCUCUGAUAAGGAAAGGCAUAACCAAAGCGCGGACGGAGUUUGAGAAUCUAUUCCUCAAUGGCUCAACCAUUUACCUGGUUUCCCGUGAACCACCUUGGGAAUGCCAAGAACAAUGAGCGACUGCAAAAGUCCUACGAAUACCCGUCCUCGGUACCAUUGUGUUCAGCGAAUGAUGUGCAACUUCGAUUUCUCUGCCCGGAUGAUCUCGAGGAGGUGCGCACCUUAUGUCAGGACUGGUUCCCGAUCGACUACCCGCUAUCGUGGUACGUGGACAUAACGUCCAGCACGCGAUUUUACGCCCUAGCCGCGGUGUACAAUUUCAGUAUCAUUGGAUUGAUAGUGGCCGAAAUAAAAUCGUACAACAAACUCAACAAAGAGGAUCGAGGCAUUCUUCCGGAAUCCAUGGGACGUGAUGCAGAGAUUGGAUACAUUCUAUCGCUCGGCGUGCACCGAAAGUACCGCCAGAACGGUAUCGGGUCACUGCUGCUCGACUCCCUCAUCAACCACCUCACGACCGCCGAGCGGCACAAGGUGAAGGCUAUUUUUCUGCACGUGUUAACCACCAACCGGACCGCCAUACUUUUCUACGAACGAAGGGGGUUCGUUCUUCAUUCCUUUCUGCCUUACUACUACUCAAUACGAGGGAAGUGUAAAGAUGGUUUCACAUACGUCUCCUACAUCAACGGUGGCCACUCUCCGUGGAGUUUAUACGAUUAUUUGAAGUACUGGUGCUCGCAGAUCCUAACUGCCGGAGGUCUUUGCCCGUGGAUCUGUGGUCGGAUGCGAACGGCCUUUCGCUGGGUAUGCUAUCGUACGGUCGGCCGCUUCAACCUCCAGCAGGACGACUAGCUUCAGCCAGGAGCGCAGGAUAAUUUUGCCUACUCUGUUUGAUUUUAGCCUACUGUGUUUUAUAAAUGUUUCCGGUUGAACCUGUUUUACCAUUUCUUGCCCUAAAAGAAGGAUCACCGUGGGAAGAUCGUAGCAUCGGUAUAUGUCGUACGAUAACGACAUAAUAGAUUUUAUAAAAAAAAACUAUGAUAAAAGACAAAAAGGAACAGUCUAACGCGCUCAACAAACGGAUCAUCAGUAGAUUGGUAUUAUUAUUUUAAUCCUCACCUCACCACGUUUAUGUUAUUUGUUUGUUAAAGAUCUCACAAGCACACGAAACUUUCAAACCAUCCACACACGCACCACCAUCAACCUCUUUACUUUAAGGGUUAAUUACUAGCUCCGCAGCUUCGUUAUCAUAUCGGUGAGAGAGUGGGGCGAGCAUUUUGUGUUUGUGAUAAUUCAUUCUUCCUCGAGUGCCUCGAGUUGAGAAACAUAGAAUAAUUUGUAUUGAAAUAGACCAAUAUAACAUUUUUUUAUCGCAGUUGUACAUAAAGCAAAUCGACCAACUAGAGAAGAAAAUUGCCGUAUAAUGGAGAAAGGAUCUAAACAGGAAGAACGCAAAAAAAACAAAUAUAAACAGAACAUCUAAGUCAAA